AGCUUCUCUAAUGCUCUCACCAAGAACAUAGUGGCCAUGCUGGUGUGGCUGGCCCUCAGUGUCAUCAACGGCAGCAUGGUGCACACCUUCCUGCAGCACAGAUGCUUCUAUGAGAACCCCCGAUACAUCAUGUUCAUCUGCAUGGUGAUCAACGACGCUCUGCAGCUCAGCCUCGUAACAGCUCUCUACGUGGUCAGCUACAUCUUCAGGAAGAUCCACGCCUCUGUCUGCUGCUUUCUGAUCAUGACAGCGGUCCUCACCACCCGCUCUACCCCUCUCAUCCUGGCCGGCAUGGCCUUGGAGCGCUACAUCUCCAUCUGCUUCCCCUUGCACUACAGCCAGAUGUGCACUGUCCCUCGCACCCUCCUCCUCAUCGGUGUCAUCCUCAUCCUCACCGCCACACCGCCCAUCUCUGACCUCCUCAUCACCAUCGUCAACGAGCCUCUGAGUUUCUUUCACACCACCAUUUUCUGCGACCACCCGCUUCUCUUUCGCCACCAGUCCAUCUACUACAAGAACUGUGUGUUUGACGGGGUCUACCUGUCCUUUGUGGCUCUGACGCUGCUCUACACCUACUGCAAGAUCAUGCUCACAGCACAAGCUGCCUCUACGGGCCUGGCCUCCGUGAAGAGAGCGAGGAACACUGUGCUGCUUCAUGGGGUGCAGCUGCUGCUGUGCAUGCUUGCCUUUGUGGUUCCUUCCCUUCAGGCCGCUCUCAUCUCCCUCUUCCCCCUCUUCAGCCUGGAGAUUCGUUACAUCUUCUUCCUGGUCGUCUACAUCAUCCCCCGUUUCAUGAGCCCUGUGAUCUACGGUUUCCGGGACGAGCAGUUCAGGAAGUACUGGACCCAGUACCUGUCUUGUAAGAGCCAAAGAACUGCUAGGGUCAGACCGGUGAUACUGAAAGUGAACCUGGAGGUGAAAUAA